AUGGGCCAUGGAGCGGAAUACGCACACAGGUUCGCUGUUGCUGCUCAAGAGGGCCAUACCCACAUCUUGCAGUACCUAGCAGAACAAAUCGACGAGGCUUUGUUUCGAGCAGCCAUGGGAGCCCGAUUGAAUACAGACAAGUGGCUUGCUGAGCGCUGCACGUUCGGUAAUUUCAGUCGUAUCGUUGAAAUGACUACCAAGCAAGGACAGUAG